ACCAAGCCUCUGAUCCCCCACCUCAAAGAUGGCGGCGGCGCUGUCCAAGCUCCUCCGCCCCCGGCUGCGCGGCGGCGGGCACCGCCUGCUCCCGUCCCGGCCCUCCACUUCCCACGCCUCCCAGCCACCUCCGCCGUCUCCUUCCGCCGCCACGCCGCCACCCCCAGGGGCAGGAAAGGAGGCCGGCGCGUGGUCCAAGCUCUUCCUCUUCGCCCCCGGCGCCAUCACCUUCGGCCUCGGCACAUGGCAGCUCUUCCGGCGGCAGGAGAAGAUAGAGAUGCUGGACUACAGGACGCGGAGGCUGGAGAUGGAGCCCAUUGCGUGGAACCAGAUUGCUCCGUCUGAUCUCAGUGUCGGGGGCGAUUCGGCCGCGCUGGAGUUCCGGAAGAUCGUGUCCGAGGGUGAUUUCGACGAGGAGAAGUCGGUGUUCGUCGGGCCUCGCUCCCGGAGCAUCUCUGGUGUGACGGAGAAUGGAUAUUAUGUGGUCACUCCCUUGGUACCCCGGCCUACUGAGAAUGGCAGUCUGUUGCCACCUAUACUUGUGAAUAGAGGGUGGGUUCCUCGUGGCUGGCGUGAUAAGAAUGUACAGGACCACCAGGGUGUUGGUGAAGUUGCAGAAAUUAAAGAAGCUGAGAACAAGACAGAUGGACAAGGUCCAUGGUGGAAGUUUUGGUCUAACUCUAAGGAGCCUGAACCAUCCUGUGAGAUCAAAAAACCUGUAAAACCUCCUGUAAGAGUUAUUGGAGUUAUCCGAGGAAGUGAGAAGCCCAGCAUAUUUGUUCCAGCAAAUGAACCCAGCGUUGGCCAAUGGUUUUAUGUGGAUGUUCCCAUGAUUUCUCAUGCAUGUGGGCUCCCUGAAAAUACAAUUUAUGUAGAAGAUAUAAAUGAAGAUGUUUCUCCAACAAAUCCUUAUCCUAUUCCAAAAGAUGUUAAUACUUUGAUUCAUCAUUCAGUGAUGCCACAUGACCAUCUAAAAUACACCGUUACAUGGUACACUCUUUCUGCUGCUGUGACUUUCAUGGCUGCAAAGCGGAUAAAGGCAAAGAAGGUUAAAUUAUAGCGGAACCUAAACCUGUCCCCAGCAUUUUGUACUUAUUUAUGAAGCUCAAGUUCCUGCUGCUUCAGAAAGAGGUGCCUCAACCUGAGUACUGCAUCUUCUACUCAGGCAACGAUCAAAAUAUUAUUGCCGCAUUUGAUAUGAUGUACAUCGAUAUGGAUGUCUCGCAGUUCAACUCAAACAGUACAAAAGUUUUGUUAGCAGCUUGUGACUUCCUUGAUUCUUUUGUUAGAGAGCUUACGUUGAGGGAACAGCGUAUUCAUUGUUAACUGUUUUUGUUCUUUGUAGCCCUUCUGUAGCAAUGUAGUUGCUAGCUGCCCACGAGGUUUGAGGUGCUUUCAGAAGCUACAGUACCUGAUAAAUUUAUCUG